AUGGAAGCAGAGGAUAUUCCACUCUGGAAAAUCAAAGACAACGAGUUUAAAAAUAAGUUCGCUUCCGCCAGCACUUGGAAUCUCAUUCGUGAAGUUUCGCGGCAAGUUGACUGGUGUGAACCCCUCCUGUGUUUUCUGUCAACACCGGACAGAAUCACGGGACCAUCUGUUUUUCCUCUGUCCCUACUCCUCGGAGAUUUGGACACAGCUCACCGCCAAGCUCCUCCAAUCCACCUUUUCAACAGAUUGGGAAAUAAUUGUCUCGCUCAUCUCAGGAAAUCAACAUCGAGGAACACAUCUCUUCCUUACUAG